AUGAUCAAACUUAAUGGGUAUGCCUUUCUGUCUUCACAGUCCUCCCACACCGUCUCAAGGCUAUCUGGAAAGUCAUGCGCACACGUCUCAUUGCACACCAUUCCUGUUUAUACAGUGCUUUCGGUUUCAUUAGAGAAGACUCUUCACAGCGAGCUGAACCUAGGAACUAUCCUUUUAACAUUCAAAAGUCUAGAGGACUCACAGCUUGAUAUCAUCGCAUGCGAGCUGUCUCUCUUCUUUAGACUGAGCUCCCUCAUACCAUUUUGUGCAGUUACACAUACUCUGUGUCUUCGUCUUUCCUCAGUCAUUUCGUGCGAGAUUGAGUGUGGCAGUUCGCUCACUGAUAUGGAAGUGCUCUCGUACAUACAUAAACGUGCAACACAACUUCUCAUUGAUUCACGAACACCGUUUAUUCUGCAGGGUAUAAGGACAAAUAGCGUGCUUAAAUGUAUAAAUAUACCAAAGUCAUACAAGGCCCGGGUUGCUUAUCCUUUUAGCGACAAAAGGAUCAUGCGGUUGGGCACGAUUGGAAAGAUGGCCUUUUUGGAUGUUGACGAGAUAAAGCGUGUCAUAGGGAAUGCGCAUUUCACUGAUAUUCUUGACAAUGCAAGUCACGGAGCACGCAUAUGUUUGCUUAUUAUAAUAAAGGAUACUGGACGGUUCUUAGUUCCACUGUCCUCCAUCACUGCCUUUAGCUUCUUUCACCGCGACCGAGAACUGACACUUCUUCUUCCCGUUCGACCUAAGGGUAAGCGCCAUAUCUCAAUGGAACCCAUCGUGCUUGUUUUCAAGAAGUUGUCUACGUUUAUAGAAUUUGAAGAAAGGUUCUGUACAAACAUCUCGGCUUCGAGCCCGCACAGUCUCUACCCCUCUGUCUCCACUCCAGAGGUGGCUUUCGAAGAGACUGUGAUACAUCAAUACACAACCAAGAAUUCCGAUACUGUUGUUGGGAGUUCAUACACACUUUCUCCUCUGGGGUGUUUAGAAACCAAGCUCCCAGGCAGUGUCUAUACAACUCACCGAUCGGUUCUAUCUAGUAGGACUGGUGGUGAAAUCGAUAGGUUUUUAACCCUAAAGUCUGAAAUAGGCCAUAUCUACAACGUAGAUCACAGUUUUAGCUGCUCUGAUGUGGUUUUUAGAGCAAAUAGAAAUGCGCCACGGUCUCGCAACACAUGCUUUACGGAAUCGGGGGCCUAUGUAGCAGCCACAAUGGGACGGUACCUGGAUCUCCUAUGUCUUAAAAACAUAAAUGAUAGUACUGAUGAGAAGUUCUCCGUCACCACGUGCAAGUUAGGCGCAUCGUUAUUUGUACCAUCAAAGAUAUGUUUCGACUACAACUUCGGUUCCUCUGGAUUGUUAUUCGUUAGCAAUGAACAGAAUAGAUCAAAGAUAGACUCUUCCGUUCUCAGCUCCAUGUUUAGCUCCGUGCUGGAUGUAGAUUCUGUAAUCCUUCAAGAAGGCAUGGAACACUCUGUUCUGGGUGACUAUACUGAAUGCAGUAAUAGCCAUGGCCUCUAUGGAUUUGAUGUAGCUACAGGGAGAGUCAGUGAGCACAUUCUUUUGUAUAAUGUAGCUGCAGAUCGCUUUCUUUCACCUACGGAUUUCUGUAUAUGUAAAGAAGGCUCUAUCCCGACGGCAGUGGUGGGGUGCAACAUAUCGCCAAGCGAUGCCAUCGUAGCAAUCACUCACUCCAGCAUCCAGCUCAUUGACAGACGGCUUUCUGGGAAGACCCAUCUCACAGGGCAUAGCUACACGUAUAAGGCUGUCGCUAACCUGUCAGUAGGGUGCUUAUCUGGCAAAGGAAAUCUCGUUGUGGCUACUGACACAGGGGAUAUCAGUUUCUUCCACACAAUGGCGCGUGCAGCGACAAGCUUCGGAGGCUUCGGUCUUCCAAUCAUAGGUCUAUGCUUAACUACCGAUGAAGAUUGGCUUGUAGCGACAAUGCCAACCAUGAUUGCAGUAUACUACCUGAGGGGAGAAACGAGCAGUGUGUUCAAGCACAACGGGUUAAGGCUCUCUGAACGUCAGCAGCCUCGCUUACUGCGGCUAACACAGGACUUGAUAACAGUUUUACUCUCGGCCACAACACAAAAGCCUACCAGUCUACAAUUCUCUCCUGCGACGCUCUCCCCAAACGAAGAGCUCCUGGUGGCAAGCGUGGGGGAGUAUGCAAUCCUUUGGGACUUUAAGCAGGUAUGUCUUGGGGUAACGGAUUACAGCAAUGCAGUUAUCACAAGAACAUCUGGAGAGAUUUUAGGUGCAUGCCUUGUAACUUGUGGAACCAUUGAAGGGACAGAAGAUGAAAAAGAGUCUUGUCCAUACUUAGUGACAGCAACAGCUUCUGCCAUAGAUGUCCUCCGUUGCAGGUUUCCAUACACACCCUAG